GUACUCAGGGCCCUCGGUGGGAGGACACGAGCUGCAAGGAGAAAUGCGGUGGCCCUCCCCGGCCCCUCUGCUGUGGGUCCUGGCUGGGAUGCUGGGCCCCGUUCUGGUCUGGGCCCAGGCUGGCAGGGACGUGUGGGACAUCUUCCACAACCAGUCGGCGCUGCAGCGUGAUGAGUUUGUGAGUGGGGCCUUCCCCGCGGGGUUUGGAUGGAGCACAUCUACGGCCGCAUACCAAAUAGAAGGUGCGUGCAUCGCGUGCGUCUGUGUGCAUCUCACACACCUGCGUCUGUGUGCAUCUCACACACACGUGCGUCUGUGUGCAUCGCACACACGUGCGUCUGUGCAUCUCACACACGUGCGUCUGUGUGCAUCUCACACACGUGUAUGUUUAUCUAUUUUAAACUUGGCAGCUAAGCACAGGCCCAAAACAUCAAGUGGCCAGCAACAAACAGCACCAGCGUCAGAGUUUUAAUGAAUCGGAGUGUAAUGUGUUUCUUAACUGCAAACCCUUGAGACGCAAGUUUCGCCUUGUGGAGCGUGGGCCUGCUCAGCCGAUAACCCAGGCCGCUGGCAACCGCCGCUGCGUGACGGAGAACGGAGCUGGCGCUGACCAGCUCCGUGGCGGUGGAGAACUCAAGAGACCUGGAUAGGAGUUUCAUUUGCAAGAGUGACCUGGACCAUCACAAUGACAAAAGCAAUCACUUAGAAACAAGGACAUCAAUGAAGCAAAUAGAAAUCAAAGCAAAAACAACCCAGGUGGAGCUAUCGUAGAGAAACGGCAACUCCUCAUUGUCGCUGAAAACGAUCUCAGCCAAUGUCACGCGGCUGCCUCGCAAAACCUGAGCUGCUGUGCCCCCAUGUCCCCCCCGCGCCCCCCGUGUGCAGGUGGUUGGAAUGCGGACGGGAAGGGCGAGUCGGUGUGGGAUCACUUUGUGCACACGCGGCCCGUGUUUGGGGGGGGCACGGGUGACGUGACCUGCGACUCCUAUCACCGCAUUGCGCAGGACAUGGUGAUACUCAAUGGGAUCGGCCUCUCUUACUAUCGCUUCUCUAUCUCAUGGUCACGCAUCUUCCCCAAAGGCGACCCCCGCCUGUCCUCCGGGCCCAACGAGCCAGGCGUUCGCUAUUACAAUGACCUCAUCAACAACCUCACGUCGGCCGGGAUCCAACCUAUGGUGACACUCUUCCACUGGGACCUCCCGCAGGUGACCACUCGGAACGCUAAGCCACUCUCAAACCCAAGCAUUCACUCAAGCACGCACUCACUCACCUACCCAUUCACUCACUCUCUCACCCACUAACUCAUGCUCCCACUCACUCCCCUGCUCGCGCCUUGACUGCCUGUAGCUGCAGUGGCCACCGUCAUCUUCCUUUCCCCCGGCCCGUGUGCUUGUGCAGGCUCUGCAGGAUACUGGCGGCUGGGUCA